AUGAAGCCAUCCACCCCCACAGGCUCCUGGGGAACCCAGAUCAUUGGGGGCCAAGAGGUGGCCCCCCAUUCCCGGCCCUACAUGGCCUCUGUGCAAUUCGGUGGCCAGCACCACUGUGGGGGCUUCCUGGUCCAGGCACGCUGGGUAGUCUCAGUCGCCCACUGCUUCAGCCACAGAGACUCCCGCAGGGGCCUGGUGGUGCUGGGGGCCCACACCCUGGGCAUCACAGAGCCCACGCAGCAGGUGUUUGACAUCACAGCUGUUGUCAGUCACCCCAACUACCAGCCCACGACCCAUGCCAAUGACAUCUGUCUGCUUCAGCUGAACAGCUCUGCUCUCUUGGGCCCUCAUGUGGGGGUGCUGAAGCUGCCAAAGAGAGGUGCCAGGUCACCCAAGCCUGGGUCACGGUGCUGGGUGGCUGGAUGGGGCUUCAUGUCGAACUUUGAGGAGCAGCCGCCUGGGCUAAUGGAGGCUGAGGUCCGAGUGCUGGGCCUGGAUGUCUGCAACAGCUCCUGGAAGGGCCAGCUGAGGUCUGCCAUGCUCUGCACCCACAGUGGGGACCGCCAGAGGCGGGGCUUCUGCUCGGCAGACUCUGGGGGGCCUCUGGUGUGCAGGAACCGGGCCCAUGGCCUUGUCUCCUUCUCAGGCCUCUGGUGUGGCGACCCCAAGACCCCAGAUGUGUACACACAGGUGUCUGCCUUUGUGGCCUGGAUCUGGAAUGUGGUUCGGUGA